GGCUGUGGGCAGCGCCGUCUUUGAUGCAAUGUUCAAUGGCGGGAUGGCAACAACCUCCACGGAAAUAGAAUUACCCGAUGUAGAGCCUGCUGCUUUCUUAGCUUUGCUGAAAUUUCUUUAUUCAGAUGAAGUUCAGAUUGGGCCAGAGACGGUGAUGACGACUCUUUACACUGCAAAAAAAUACGCAGUCCCUGCCCUCGAGGCUCACUGUGUGGAGUUUCUGAAGAAAAAUCUCAGAGCAGACAAUGCUUUCAUGCUUUUAACCCAGGCAAGACUCUUCGAUGAGCCCCAGUUGGCCAGCCUUUGCCUGGAAAACAUAGAUAAAAAUACUUCAGAUGCGAUCAAUGCAGAAGGCUUCACGGAUAUUGACCUGGACACCUUGGUCGCGGUUUUGGAGCGAGACAGCCUCGGCAUCCGGGAAGUGCGCCUCUUCAACGCAGUGGUCAGGUGGGCAGAGGCUGAGUGCCAGCGACAACAGUGGCAGCUGAUACCAGAGAACAAGCGGAAAGCUUUGGGCAAAGCUCUUUCCCUCAUUCGCUUCCCCUUGAUGACAAUCGAGGAAUUUGCUGCAGGACCAGCUCAGUCGGGGAUCCUCACUGACCGCGAGGUGGUUAGCCUGUUCCUUCAUUUCACGGUCAACCCCAAGCCACGGGUGGAGUUCAUCGACCGCCCUCGCUGCUGCCUGAGAGGGAAAGAGUGCAGCAUCAACCGUUUCCAGCAGGUGGAAAGCCGCUGGGGAUACAGCGGGACCAGUGACCGGAUCAGGUUCUCUGUCAACAAGCGGAUAUUUAUAGUUGGAUUUGGGUUGUAUGGCUCGAUCCACGGCCCCACAGAUUACCAAGUAAAUAUACAGAUAAUUCACACAGACAGUAACACCGUCCUGGGCCAAAACGACACUGGAUUUAGCUGCGAUGGAUCCUCCAAUACUUUCCGGGUGAUGUUUAAGGAGCCUGUGGAGAUCCUGCCCACUGUCAGCUACACAGCCUGUGCAACGCUGAAGGGACCCGACUCUCACUAUGGAACCAAAGGAUUGCGGAAGGUGGUCCACGAGUCACCAACCACAGGGACAAAGACCUGUUUUACUUUCUGUUACGCUGCCGGCAACAACAACGGCACCUCGGUGGAAGAUGGACAGAUCCCAGAGAUCAUCUUCUACACAUAGCAGGUGCUGCUGGAAAUUGGCCGUCGGACAGGCUUGGCGCUCCCCUCCCGCCCCCUCCGCCUGAGGCCGCCAGCUUGUCCUGCCGCAGUGAUCGGACGGGCUCCCGCCAGCAGACUCAGACUGGGCAAGCAUUCCCAGGUUGCACGUGCUCUACAUCCAGAUGCAUGUCGGCCUCGCUGGACUGAGGCUGGCAAUCUCUUCUGUUUGUGUUUGGCAACCUGGCUGGAUGAUUUCCUUGCAAUGAAUGUAGCUGCUUUUACAUCUAGUCAUUCUCAUGGAGGAAACUCACUCUCAUAAGAA